UUUUUUUCUUAAACACUAAUUAUACUAACAAAGAAGAUUACAAGGGGGAGAAUUCAUUUUGGAAUACAUAAGCCGGCAUGUCUUACAAACCUCUGGAGACGAAAGCUCCAAGAUUGGAGAGAUUUAGUCCUAAACACUGGAAGACUAAAACCAAGAACAUUAAUCAAACCUUAUUACUAAACCGAUCUAAACUAGAAGAAGUGAGGAACAAAACAAAAGAACUUUUACAAACCAGAGAAUAAUAAAGCAUGAAGACUUCAACUGAGCACUUUUGAACCAGACAACGCGAGGAUGCUAUCCAUAGCUAAAAUCUCUGACUUGCGACUCCUCCUAUAGAGAAUAGCCUAUGCGAUUUAGAGACCAAAGCUUCAAGAUCCAGGAGACAGAACAACUCAAGGUCAUAAGUACGAUGGCGGUGGCGAUAGACCCGAGAGACGCCAUAUUGAAGCUUGACGGGAUAGAAGAACUCGAUCAAAUCUUUUAGUAAAUGACAAGGAGCGAGACAACUCAUAAACUGGUUCAAACCUUGCUCAAGAUAUCAAGAAGGCUGAAGAUCAAGACCCAAAAUGAGCCAAAGAGAGUUUAAAGCCAACAUGCAAAUCAUUCAAAACAAAAUCAGGUUCAAGACGAGACCAACCCAUUUUGACUAGAUCGAUCGAUAACACACACAAAGAUCAACAUAUAGAAACUCUCAUUCCUCCUGUUAGGAUCAGAUCUAAAAUCUGGAAAUCCGACCGUAGAGAAAAAUGAGAACAUAAUAUGAAGAUCUAAACCGAUUGAAACCCAAAAAGAGAUGAUUCAAAACAACUAAACCCGAUUCCGGUCCUGAGAGAGCAAACGGAAUCGGAGAACGAAGCUUCAACAAUGGAGGAUUGAUGAAAGCAGGCAGAGGACUUUUUGAUGAGAGAGCAUUUCCAUUAAACAUAUCAUUCAUCUCUUCUAUAAGCUUCUUUUCACUUUUUGUAAAAAAUAUUCCUUGCGUUUACCAGCUAUUAAUGUUAUUUUCACUGAUUUAUCUAUGUGUUCAUUCUUUGUAAAACAAUCAUCUUAUAUUUAAUAAUCACAUAUAGUUCUUCACUGUAAUUUCUCUCUUUUUAAACAAUUUAGUUAAAUGUUGCAUAAUUUGCAUGGCUGUAUUAGUAACCAAAUAUAGACCCUACAAAAGAAGAAAUCAGCAAUUCAGAACAAAAAAUGACAUGACUCUUUAAAAAUAGAACUUGGAAUACAGAAAGAGGUUUUGAACCUCUCUCUCUUAAGAAAAUCUUAAGGAGAGAGCUUCAGGAAAAUAAAUAAAAGAAGAAGAAGAAAAAACACCCAAAAGAGAUUAUGGCGGAGGGGCAGUCCCCGGAGAAUUCACCGCCGUCUCCUACACCUCCAUCUCCUUCCUCCCCCGACAACACUCAACAGCAAUCUCCUCCGUCUCCUGACUCCUCCUCCUCCUCCUCUCCUUCAUCUUCACCACCAGCUCCUCCUCCUCCAGAUAAUUCCUCAUCCUCUCCUCCACCUCCUUCUUCAGACUCACAACCUCCACCAUCGCCACAACAAGAAAACAAUAACAACAACAACAACAACGGUGAAAACAAUGACAACAACAACAGCAAUGGUAAUAGUAACAAUGAUGGCAACAAUGGUGGAAACAAUGAUGGAAACAAUGGUGGAAACAAUGAUGGCAACAACAACAACAAUGGUAAUAACAACAAUAAUGGAAACAAUGGUAAUAACAGCAAUAAUGGCAACAAUGGUAAUAACAACAAUGGGAAUAAUAACAACGGAAACAACGGCGGAGGAAGCAACAAUCAUUCGCCUGCUCCUCCUUCAAGAAACUCCGACCGUAACUCUCCGUCGCCACCGAGAUCCCUGGCUCCGCCUAGAUCAAGCGGUAGUGGCGAUGCACCGAACACGGGUGCUAUCAUAGGAAUUGCGGCUGGUGCUGGAUUGUUGCUUCUUGUUAUGAUCUUGUUCUGCGUCUGUUGCUGUCGUAAGAAGAAAAAAAAGAAUCAAAUGCCGUACUACGCAAGCAAUGGGUACGCCACCGGCAAAGGUGAUCAAUACCAACAACAACAUUACAAUAACCAAAGCGAUCACGUUAUGAACUUGUCUCAUCAACACCCCGGAUCAAACAGUAACAAUAACUGGAUGAAUUCACCGCCGCCACCACCAGCACAGCCAGUUUCAGGCGGCAUAAACAACGGAAACAGCAGCGAAAUAUACUCAGGUCCAUAUGGUCCGGCUCUACCACCGCCUCACCCUUCAGUGGCUCUAGGUUUCAACCAGAGCACAUUCACCUACGAGGAGCUAGCUGCAGCAACUCAAAACUUCUCUCAAGCAAGACUGUUAGGGCAAGGCGGGUUCGGGUACGUUCACAAGGGAAUACUUCCCAAUGGGAAAGAGAUAGCUGUGAAGAGUCUUAAAGCAGGAAGCGGACAAGGAGAGAGAGAGUUUCAGGCAGAGGUGGACAUCAUUAGUCGAGUUCACCAUCGGUUUCUUGUGUCUCUUGUUGGUUAUUGUAUUGCGGAAGGACAGAAGAUGUUGUUGGUUUAUGAGUUCUUGCCUAAUGACACACUUGAGUUUCAUCUCCAUGGUAAAAGUGGUAAUGUUCUUGAUUGGCCUACAAGGCUCAGGAUUGCUUUGGGAUCAGCUAAAGGACUUGCUUACUUACAUGAAGAUUGUCAUCCAAAAAUCAUUCAUAGAGACAUCAAAGCUUCAAACAUUCUUCUUGAUGAAUCCUUUGAAGCCAAGGUUGCAGACUUCGGGUUAGCGAAGCUAUCUCAAGACAACGUUACACAUGUGUCCACUCGUAUCAUGGGAACUUUUGGGUACUUGGCUCCAGAGUAUGCGUCAAGCGGGAAACUAACAGACAGAUCAGAUGUUUUCUCCUUUGGAGUGAUGCUUCUUGAGCUCAUAACCGGACGCAGACCUGUUGAUCUUACUGGUGAAAUGGAAGACAGUUUGGUUGAUUGGGCAAGACCCUUAUGCUUAAACGCAGCUCAAGAUGGCGACUACAGUGAACUAGUUGAUCCACGGCUCGAGGGCCAAUACGAGCCUUAUGAGAUGGCAAGAAUGGUGGCUUGUGCCGCUGCAGCCAUCAGACACUCAGCUAGACGCAGGCCUAAGAUGAGCCAAAUUGUGCGGGCUCUGGAGGGAGAUGCAUCGCUGGAGGAUCUAAACGAAGUGAAACCUGGACAGAGCUUAGGGAGGGGAUCGAGCUCGGACUAUGACUCGAGCACUUACAGUGCGGAUAUGAGGAAGUUCAGGAAAGUGGCGAUGGAUAGCCAUGAGUACGGUGCAACCAGUGAGUAUGGGAACACGAGUGAGUACGGGCUUGACCCGUCUUCCUCGAGCAGUGAGGAGAUUCAUACAGGAGGAGGAAGUGGAGGAGCUAACAAAAACAACAAAACAAUUGCUUUGAUUUAGCUGUUAGUUUCAAAACAAAUCAACUUCGCUGUGUUCUGUUUCCUGUGACAUUGUUUUACAACUCUUGUUUUAUGUCAGAUUCUGACCGUUGGCUACAUUUGUGUUUUAUGUCUGAAUGUUUCUGUUUUGUGGAGAAAAAAUUAAAACU